CCUCCCCUCCCUUCUCCCUCUUCUCUCUCUCUCUCACACACACAGUGAGAACUGACAGAGCAAGGACAGAAACCGAAAAGGAGAGUCAGAGGGACAUACAAAACAGAGAGACACCCAGAGAGAUAGAGGAGAGAGGCACAGGAGAGACUGCGAGACAAGCCAAAGUCCAAGAGAUUCAACAGAGGAAAACAGAGAGAAGAGAUACCUGCAAAGACAAGGGGAGCAGAAACAGAAAAAGUUCUGUGUCAGUGACGGAGCCUGAAAGAGACCAGAGAAGAGGGGAGACAGCUACAGAGUCAGAGAGUGGGGAGAACAUCCGGAGGGGGCAGGCACCCCAGAGGGAGGGUCUUCCAAGGGACAGCACCCAAGGCGACCCUGAGAUGGAGAACAGAGAGCAAGAGCCCCUUGAAGAUGGGGAUUUGGAGCCAGUAGGGUGACUCCUGUUCGGACGCUGAGAUCCUGCUACCGGCUGGUCCAGGAGUUGGGUGCUGGCACCUAUGGCCGUGUCUUCCUGGCCCAGCCCCGUCGAGGGGGUGAGCUGGUGUUCAUGGUGUGGGGGUCCUCCCCAAAAUCGCAAUUAGCCAGAGCCCACGGUGUUCCCCAUGGGUGUGGGAAUGCAGGAGAUGGGGGGGGUCUAUGACCCCCAGCACAGGGACCCAGCUUCUGCCCCCUGACUAUUCUGGGGAGCCAUAGACCCUCAGGGGCCAAAGAAGCGCCCACUUAGCAAUGGGAAGUCCCAACCUCAUCGUUUCGCAGAAGAGGGAGCUAGGCCAGAGCAGAAACGGGCCACAAGUUACUUGCCUAAUGCCCCACAUCAAGUCAGGUCCAGAGCCCAGAGCUGGACCAAGGCCCAGGGUCCUCCAUCCCCAACAGCCCCUCCUGUUGUCCUUUUGCCAAGGUCCACCUGUCGCCCUGAAGCUGCUCCCACGGGCCUCUGCAUCGUGGGCCACCUUCCUUCGUGAGUUCUGCGUGGGUCGCUGUGUAUCCUCGCAUCCGGGUCUGCUCAGCACCCUGGCCCCGCCACUGCAGAGCCCCCGCCACUACGCCUUUGCCCAGGAGUACGCACCCUGUGGAGACCUCAGUGGAAUGUUGGAGGACAGGGGCCUCCCGGAGCUCCAGCUGAGGCGAGUGGGGGUCCAGUUGGCCGGAGCCCUGGACUUCCUGCAUUCCCGGGGCCUGGUCCACGCUGAUGUCAAGCCGGACAACGUGCUGGUCUUUGACAGAGCCUGCCGCCGUGUAGCCCUGGGGGACUUCGGGCUGACCAGACCAGAGGGCUGCCCCGCCCCAGCCCCACCAGGACCCCUGCCCUCAGCACCUCCCGAGCUCUGCCUCCUGCAGCCUCCGGACACCCUGGCCCUCCGGCCUGAGCUGGACUCCUGGGGGCUGGGCGUGCUCCUCUUCUGUGCCGCCACCGCCUGCUUUCCCUGGUCUGUGGCCCUGGCUCCUGACCCUGGGUUCGAAACGUUUGCUGGCUGGCUGACAGCCUGUCCCCAGCCAGCCCUGCCACCCCAGCCCUGGGCCCAGUUCUCUCUGGCUGCUCAGACCCUCCUCCGGGGGCUGCUUGCCCUCGAGCCAGAGAAGAGGAGCAGUCCAGCAGCUGUGCUGGACUGGGCUGGGGAGCCCUGGGUGGUGGCAGGGGCUGGGGCAGGGGAGGAGAGGGAGGGGGAGGAGGAAGACCAUGGGGGAAGAGGAGAGGAGGAAGGCACUGGUGGGGAAGAGGAGGCCAGCUUAGACGAGGGCUCAGGGGAAGAGGAGGAGCCCGGCUGGGGACAGGACCAUAGGGCCAGCCCAGGGGACUCCCUGACCAAGUGGUGAGGCAGGUGGUCUGGGCUGCAGCCAAGCUCCCCCCCCCACACACCCCACCCACGCACAGGGGCCACCUGGACCGACGAGACAGCUGGUGUGGGGAGUGAGGGGGGAGGUGAGAGGUGACCUUUCUCACCUCCUCCUGAGGCCUGGCCCCAGGUGUCUGGCUCCCUCUCCCUGCCCCCUUCCAGGUGGAUGUUCCCUAGUCCCUGCCUCCCCGGGGCUCCAAUGACUCACUCCCGUCAGGGGCAGGAGUGGGACGCAGGCCCAGAAGCCCUGGCUCCCGGCCUGGGAGGGGGUGGGGUGGGGCUGCCGGGAUUGGAGAUGCCAGGAGGGCACCCUCCGCCCCUCCUCCAAUCCCCCGUUUCCUUCCAGUUCACCCCACACUCGUCCGCAGCCCCCUUCAUCCCCGGUAUGAUUUUAUAGCAGGCCCACACAGGGGAAGUGACUGUGUCAGGGUCACACAGAUCAGAAGGGGGAUAGACCAGAUCAGACAGUAUUUGUCGGGGCCAGGACUAGGCAAGGGGAUGUUGGAGGAGCCUAAGCACGUUUGUCAAAUAAAGGUUCUCUGGCA